CAGAACAGUGUGUCCUAAACACCGGUAGCAGCUUAUCACAGCCUCACCGGUUUAACCUCGAACGGGUUGGACGAAAUCGCUGGAGAAAGGACCAUUGUUGCACUAGUAGAUCAUCUAGAAGUACUGAUAAGCACAACGGCGAUUUGGUCGUUGAAGACCAGUCGACUCAUUCGAAUCGCGAUGACAGUCGGCGCAUGUUCAUUAUUGUGAUACACCGAGUCAUUUAUCGGUUUGGUCGAGUGACAUAAAUUAUAUUCGGAUUAUUCGGCUCUAUUAUUUGAUGGCAGUGUCAGGGGGAGCCCGACGGAUGCCGAUGGGUGUGCGGACAUUCAGUGAGUUUCUGGAAAUAGCGACGGGUGGUUCGUGUCGAUCCAGCAGCCCGUAUAAAAACAAAGAGAGAAUACAACAGUGGCCCAUCAGACACUUGUCCUCCUGUGGGAUCUUGAUGACUCGCUCUCCUCGCGUUCUUUGUCUCUCUGAAGUAGAUUUGACUCCCUCUCAUCACACAAGAUCUUUCAUCAGCUUUACCAAUAAGAGAAAAGAGUAUUCAGAGAGGAGAAUACUAGGGUACUCAAUGCAAGAAAUGUAUGAUGUAGUUGCCAAUGUGGAUGACUACAAACACUUUGUACCAUGGUGCAAAAAGUCACAAACCAUCAUGAAGAGGGCCGGUCACGCCAAAGCGCAUUUGGAAGUGGGCUUCUCUCCUGUUGUUGAACGAUACACUUCUAUGAUAAGCCAUGUCCGUCCCCAUCUCGUCAAAGCGGUGUGUUCGGAUGGUAAACUCUUCAAUCACUUAGAAACAAUAUGGCGAUUUAGUCCUGGAAUUCCUGGUUACCCUCGCACAUGCACAGUAGACUUCUCUGUCUCGUUCGAAUUCCGUUCAUUGAUACAUUCACAGUUAGCGACUGUGUUUUUCGACGAAGUGGUGAAACAGAUGGUGGCCGCGUUUGAGCGAAGAGCAUGCAAACUGUACGGGCCCGAGACGAGAAUACCCCGAGAGCUCAUGUUUCACGAGGUCCACCAAACGUGAGGUUCACCAUCAAGCUGCUUUAAUAGGUGCAUCUGUGUGUGGAUGUGUGCAUGUUCACUUGGACUCAUCUGAAUCUGGAACUCCAUAACUAUCUCGCAGCCAACUCUUAAGACGGUUAUUCUAUAAGAUCUCUGGUUUUCAUUACAUUGGAAUGGGACAAUACAUCCCAUGUUCCUCCAGACAAUAUUUACAAAACAUCUGAAGUGUUACAUCUUAAAAUGUGAGACUAAAGAUAGAUUUGUCCAAAGCCUUCUCUAUGUAACCACCAUUUUUUUGACUGUGAAUGACUAUUUAUCAUAUUAUUGUAGCUCUGACUUGUCAGAUUUGAAAGUUGAGAGACGGGUGUAAUAUUUAGAGGAUAUUGCAAAAAUGUGUUUAUAUGCACCAUUUCAUUAUAGUUACAUCCUAUUACUCCUCCUGUCCUGCUGUGGGUUUGUUGGGGCCAAAUUUGGUGAAAUUAUUGCUGAAACUUUAAAAACGAUCUUGACAUAAAUAGGGAAUAGAAGGAAUUCAAAAUGCUUGUAGGUUUUCAUCAAUAUGCUCACAAUGACCUACGUGACUCACACUGCACUGAUUAAUAAUAUUCAAGUGAAACUCUUGUGACUGUACACAUAACUGUAAAUAGUAUGAACAUGGAUUGCCUCCUCUAUACAGUUGGGCGAAUCUCAAAGAAAUAUCAUAUUUCACAAAAUCAAAAAACAAAGCCUAUAUUUAGAACUGUUAAGAUUUAUUUUGUAUCGUGACAGUGUUUUCAUGACUAUUUAGCUCAUUCGUACUUUAGAGUUGUAAGAAAGAUACUUUACAAUUUAAAUAUAUGUUUGUUUUUCACAUGAAUUAUUUCGGAUUUCAGUAGACUAUUGACAGUUGGUGGAGGGGGGUUUGAUUGCGUUUAGUUGUCGUGAAAAUCACGAAAAUUACUAGGUCUUUAAAAUAGGCUUCAUUGUCUUUAUGCUAAAUAGUAUUUCUGUUUGGAGUGAAAUAUUACGUUUACGUGAGAUCAACCCAGUUCGAGUGGCAUCCAACAUUAAAAACCCUGCACCCAACCUGCAUAUUUAUUAUUUUUAUUUAGAACUAGUUAAUUGUAAUGAAGGUAUAUUUAACAUGCUUUUGCUUUCUUUGGAUGCGUUCAUGCAAACUCAGGGCUGUAGAGAGAUUUGAACAAAUUUAAGAAUCCCUAUAGUGAUACAGUGUUCCCAGUUUGUGCCUGUUCAUGUAGGAAGUGCAAAGAACGUGCCAUUUGUGUUUAAGUGACAUUUAUCUGUUCAAACUCAAGCAUUCAUGUAUUCUGAUUUCUCAAAAUCUUCAGAGAUUGCUGUAAGUUGGCAGCAUACUGGACACAAGCGUAGUGAACUUUUUUUUUUUUGGCUUGAAGGUUAUGUUUUUAUUUUUAGCUGUUUUUCAAUGCCUUGUGUAAGUUUUCAUGGCAUUUAUAAACUACUUAAAGUAACAUUCAGUUGAAAUGUAAUUUGUCGCGUGCAAGUGUUGAGAUUUGACCGAUAAAUUAUUUGUGCUGUCAAACAAAUGUUUGUCUUACGAAGUCUUCCAUGAAAACAAUCAGUAGAUUUAUUGAGUGUACCACAAAAAGAGACUUCGUUUUGCAUUUUAAAUUGUAGGUUGAACAACUUUGACUAAGAACCAAAGAGAUGACCGCUACUGCUUAAAAGUUAGAAGAGCAGUUUUAGGAAUUAAUCCUUUUCAAAAUGAAUGCUAUCUGACAAGUAGUCCAUUCAUGCUCUUGUACUUUGUCAGCAGGCCUGUCAUCAGUGUUAAAUUACAUUGCACAAGCAUUUCUUUUAAUUUGAGAAUCUAUAGACCUUUUCAAACAAAUCCUUUGUGACCGUUUUACUUGAACUGCUGGGAACAACUGGUAUGAUUUGAUGUGAACGUGGCAUUGAUUUAUUCCCUCAAUCCUCCUCAAUUAUCUGGAUCAGUUUCAUUCAAAAGCUUAUUCUAGCAUUGCCCGACUUUUGUUCAACACAAGAACUGUUUGUUAAUGUCCAAAUCGAGGACAUAUUUGAACACUUGGGGAGACAGACGUCUUGCAGUUUCAACGAGCAAUGAAAAUGAGCUUGUGGUAUGUGCGUCAUGUGACAUGUCAUGUAUUUAUAACCAUAUGAAACUAGGCUACAGUUUCUUCAAUAUGGUGCCCUGACCUGAGGGUCUUCGUUUAGAUAUUUACAGAAAAGCAUUCAUCGGUCUAUAAACAUUAUCCAGUUUAAAAACAGUGACCAGAUUUGGAUCAAAUUGAGAUGGCUAAUCCAUACAUAUUCUUCACCAUGACAAUAUCAAAUUACAUGCACACAACUUUUUAAAUUAAGGUCUAAAUUUUGGUUUAGCCUUCCAAAAAAAGAGGUUUGUACAUGCUGAUUAGCUGUGGUGAUUUUGCUGUUGUUUGACUGCUUAUAUCAAGUAUUGUCUAGAAUUGUGUUUAUUUGGAUAUGCAAAGAUAUAAACGAUAAUGGAAUUUCAUUUAAGUGGAUAUUUUCUGAAUACAUGACAAAUAAUAAUAAAUAAAAGCAAAUGCCAGUGGACUUAUUCUGAUUUCUAGAAACAAGAAUGUAGUUUUAAAAGAAAAGUUUUGGGGUCAAUACAAGAUAAGCUCAAUCAGCAGCAUUUGUGGCAUAAUCUUGAUUAUAACAGAAAUAAUGUGAACUCGUUCCUCUUAUAUAAAACAAAAAGACAAAAACCACAGUUACGGUAACACGCUUACAGUAAAAGUGAAUGGGUCCAGUUCAUAAACAUUAAAAUACAUGGUUUCAAAAGUAUAGCCACAAGAAGUAAACUUUAUAAAUGUGAUAAAUCACAUGAUUGGAUUACACUAAAAUUAUGUUAGCACAUAUGUUUACAUCAUACAUUUAUAUACAUCAUUAAUAAUUUUUAUAUACAUCAUUAAUAAUUUUUAAAGUAAUUUUCACUGUAAGUGCCUUACUGUAAUCACGUCACAAAUGUUUUGUUGUAAUCAACAUAAUCCCACAAAG